AUGGCGGCAGCUCUCCUUUCCCACACGGCCUCCGUGCCGUUAACCGUCGCAUGCGCGAAAUCGACCCCAACUCCUCGCCAGCGCCUGCAGUCGAACUUCGCGGGGUCCAGCCUCCGCCUCCCCGCGCGCCUCCCCCAACUCCGCGCGCGGAAACCGGCGGGAAUCUUCGCCGUGAUCGAGAUCGAACAAGAGGACAUCCUCACCACGCCGCACCAGCCGCCCAAGACGAUCCUGGAGAAACUCGAGGAAAUGGAUGACGUGGGCGUGCCGCACAAGGUCUGGCUGUCUGACGUGGUGACCGUGAAGAAGCGCCCCUAUUUCUUCAACCGCGAGUGGCUACCCAAGGAUAUCGGAUACGCCGCGUUUCUCGGCAGCAUCCACUUGCUCGCCCUCGCCGCGCCCUUCACCUUCUCGUGGGAGGCGUUCGAGUGCUUCGUCGCCAUGUACGUCAUCACAGGUAUGUUCGGCAUCACGCUGUCGUUCCAUCGCCAUCUGACUCACCACAGCUUCAUACUGCCCAAGUGGCUUGAGUACACCUUCGCAUACUGCGGCGUGCUCGCCUGCCAGGGCCCCCCCGUUCGAGUGGGUGAGCGCGCACCGCGUGCACCACCGCUGAUUCGUAACGCGGUUACUGAUUUAUCGUACGUGGUAACUCUGCAGCUGGAGGGGAAGAACAACAUCUACGAUCUGACCAAGGACCCGUUCUACCAGUUCAUCGACAAGACCUACGUGUGGCACAUCGUCGCGUCCGUCGCCGCGCUCUACGCGCUCGGUGGCUUCCCGUUCGUCGUCUGGGGCUGGGCUCUGCGCCUAGUGUGGGUGUACCACAUCACGUGGUUCGUGAAUUCCGCGUCGCACGUGUGGGGCGACCAGCCGUGGAACACGGGCGACCUCUCCCGCAACAACUUGUGGGUGGGCAUUCUGGCAUUCGGCGAGGGCUGGCACAACAACCACCACGCGUUCGAGUACUCGGCGCGCCACGGUCUGGAGUGGUGGCAGAUCGAUAUGACGUGGUACACCCUCAAGCUGCUGGAAGCCGUCGGAUUGGCCACCAAUCUGAGGUAUCCGCGUGAGAAGCACAUGAAGAAGCUCGCGUACCCCGAUUCGCCCCUCGCCAAGUCCUGA